AUGUCACCGGGCGGAUGGAUUUGUAAGGUACGACGAAGUGAUCGACAAAGAAGUGAAUCAAGUUCACUCUGCGGAAAACCAUCGCUACCAAAGAAAGCCCUAAACUCAUCGACAGUGGAAGGAAUGGCGACGUCUUACUGUUUCUCAUUUUAUUUUCCCGUCAGGAGAGAUUGGAGGAAGAACGGUGGAUCCAAAUUGACGUCGGUUGCCGAUUCCUUUUGUAGAGAACACCCAAUUUUUCUCAUUUUCUUCAUUUCUUUUCCUCUCUCAAAUCAAACCGACGAAUCGCGACGCCGAUUGAGCAAACAGCUCAUUCUCAUAAACCCUAGCAGCAACGCAUCUACGGUCUUUUUGAAGAAAUUUAUUUGGGUUUAA